UUUCAAUACCUGAACCUAUUUAUUCAAAGAUCAAUUAGCCUCAUGAAUCAAAAAUGGUAACCUCCAGAUAUCUCAUCACAGUAACCACUGUAGUAUUAGGCGGAAGCGCACAAUUUUACAGUUAUGGAGUAGUCAACCCUGCACAAGUGGUUAUCACUGACUGGAUUAAUCAGACUUAUAUUGAUAGGUAUAAAGCGCCGUUGUCAUUAACUGUUUCAAAUGUUAUAUGGUCGUUUGUUGUAUCAAGUAUUGCAAUUGGAGCAAUUCUCGGAGCAUCUUUUACGAGAAUAAUUGGAGAGAAGUAUGGAAGACGAAACGGGAUGUUUUUCAAUGGAAUUCUUAAUGUUUUUGCUGCACUUUUUGAAUUAGUAGCCAAAAGAUUUAGCUCGCCAGAAUUGUUGAUAUUUGGACGUUUUGUGUAUGGAAUAAACAUGGGUUUAUCAAGUGGUCUUGUGCCGAUGUAUUUGAUGGAGAUCACACCGUAUAAGUAUCGUGGACCAGCUGGAACUUUGCAUCAGAUAGCUGUUGCUUUUUCUGACUGGUUCUCAUUGCUAAUUGGUUUGCCCGAAGUUCUCGGAGACCAAAAUAACUGGCCAUUAGCAUUUGCACUUCCCGGACUUCCAGCUCUUGCUCUGGUCUGCAUUUUACCAUUUUGUCCGGAAUCGCCAAAAUACACACUUGGAACGAAGCAUGACAGAGACAAAGCAUUGAAGGAUGUUGAGCUGUUAAUUGGAAAGGAGCAAGCACCUCACAUGUUUGAGUCAAUUGUCAGGGAGGUUGCUUUGGAUGAAGGAGAUGGAACCUUCCGGGAGCUCUUCACUAGACCAGAUCUCAGAAUUCCCCUUGCCGUCUCUAUAAUCGUCAUGAUAGCUCAACAAUUCACCGGAUGUACAGCAGUAUUUGCAUUCUCCACUGACAUGUUCCUUAAUGCAGGGCUCACUCCAGUGAUCGCAAGAUUUAGUACACUUGCAAUCGGCAUUGUAUACUUUUUGUUCGCAUGUACAAGUCCGUUCCUAAUUCACAAAGUUGGAAGACGGUGGCUAUCAUUGUUCCAGUUAGCCAGUUGUAUGGUGGCUUUGAUGUUGCUCUCUUUAUUCACAUUUUUGCAGAAUUACGAAAAUAUCGAAUGGGCUAGAUACGGAACAAUAUUUUCUCUGGUGUUCUACAUGUGUGUCUAUGGUGUUGGUUCUCCAAUCCCAUGGAUCAUUGCAAGUGAACUUUUUACACAGCAGUUCCGGGCAACCGCUGUGACAGUGUCGGUAUUUGUUGCGUGGACAUUUGCGUUUAUCGUUAGCACAUCUUAUCUACCAUUCCAGCAGCUUGUUGGAAUCACAUUCAGUUAUUUCCCCUUCAUCAUCGGGCUUGCCGUUUUCGGUAUCUUCAUUUAUGUCCUACUUCCGGAAACUCGUGAUCGACCAAUGGUUGAAAUUGUGACAGAAGUUCAUCACCGAACAGCUUCCUUGUCAGCUGGAAGACCAUGGGAUGCUAGUCGGCCACCAAGUCGUCAAGAGGUUCAACGUCUGUUGGAUACAAUGGAUCCACGGAGUUAUAGCUCUUAUGAUAAUUCCACUUUGGAGGAUUAAUGUGUCAUUUUGUUUUUAUUUUCUGUUGUUGGUUAAUGCUUCUAUAUAAAAAAAACUUCUG